GCACGUGGGCUAUUCCUUGUAGCCUCAGAAUGACCCAAAGGCCCCUUAGAUUCAUUCGGACAUCCGCAGAAUGAUUUUAUUUUAUUUGGUAUUCCUGAUACACUGAGAUAGGCACUAUUUGUUUUGGUGACAACUUUAAAAAUUUAAUCUCCGCUGGUUUACAUGUCAAUACUGGUCGGGUGAACUAGAGAAAUCAAUGUUUAUGUUUCUGUCAAAAUCACAAUCAUGGAAUAGCUGAGAAUCCUUGAAGUCUAACACGCCUUGUAGCAAUGGCUACUAAGUACGAAGAAGUGGCUGAAAUUGGGACAGGAGCGUACGGCACUGUCUAUAAGGCUAAAGACCUUCUGAAUGAUGGCAAAUUCGUCGCCUUGAAGAGGGUUCGAAUACAAAACAGUGAGGAAGGCAUGCCUUUGUCAACUAUAAGAGAAAUAGCACUCCUAAAGCAGAUCGACAAUUUUGCUCACCCCAAUGUUGUCAGACUUUUGGACAUUUUCCACAUCCCCAUGCUGACAGCAAGGGAAACCCAUCUAAACCUUGUGUUUGAACAUGUUGACCAAGAUCUUGCAGCCUACCUUGAGUAUUGUCCACAGCCAGGACUUGGAGAAUGGAAAAUUAAGGAUUUAACAUACCAAAUUUUGAAUGGUGUUGACUUUCUUCACACUCACCGUAUAGUCCAUCGUGAUAUAAAGCCACAAAAUAUUCUUGUAACAAAAGAUGGACAGGUAAAGAUUGCUGACUUUGGAUUGGCUAGAGUCUACAAGGAUGCCAUGGCUCUUACAUCAGUGGUUGUCACGUUGUGGUACCGUGCACCAGAAGUUCUGCUUCAGUCAAGCUAUGCAACAUCAGUAGAUAUCUGGAGUGUUGCAUGUAUUCUUGCUGAGCUUUUCAACAGAAGACCUUUGUUUGAGGGAAAAAAUGAUGUUGACCAACUUGACAAGAUAUUCAGCAUUAUUGGUUCACCUUCGCAAGAUGAAUGGCCCCAGAAUGUCUCUCUUCCCUGGACAUCAUUCAGUCGGUAUACUACUGGGAGUUUUCAAGCUCUUGUACCAGAGAUGUGUACAGAAGGGACAACACUACUAAAGGAAAUGCUGCAAUUCCUUCCUCGAAGUAGACCGUCUGCAUCAGAGGCCAUGAACCAUCCAUUUUUCAAAGAACUCCAUGAUAACAACAAGGAGAACUCAAACACGGUUUCUAACAAUAUUAAUGAGAAGAAUCUGACAGUGUGUUAGUAACCAGAAUUAUUAACGAAGCAGUAAUGCUUCCAGCUCUGUACAUGACACUUGUUAUACAAGUCCAAGGAAAUGUAUACAGAUAGUUACACCUAUUUGAGUUUUGCCGUGAAUAACCUUACAGCAAAACCAUUAAAACUGCCUUCUGAUAUAUAACAGGCAAGAAUUUAGAAAGUGAAACAUUGUGGGUUAUUUGCAUGUGUGAUUACAUAUUAGUUUCACUGGUUACAACAAUUAGGACAGCUGUGUUGUAAAAAGCAUCGUUAUCUAUGAUUUUUUAUGAGUUGACUAGUUCUAAUUAGAUUCUAAAUGAGUUGAUGUAUUAUUUAAAAAAAAAACUUAUGACAGGAAAGAGAGCCUCAAAGUUCAGGUCUUUUUUAUCCCAGUAGACUAAAAGUAUAUGUUGAUUCUUGGAAGCCAAGAGUUUUAAGUAACUGAACCCAAGUCAGUAUAAUUCUUUUUUGUGAACAAUUUUAGCUGAAAAAAAAAAAAAGACUCUUACUUGACCUCUUUUACAACACUUUGCCCAUGACUAAACUGCCACUAGAAGAAAUGUGUGAUACCCAAAGCCUGGGAUCAAUUGAAUUAUAUAAAAAUAUAUACGUUACCAUUGGACUAAGAGAGGGAUGAGGUUCUCUCAAACUGAUUUAAGUAAACUUUUGAAACAUACUAUUUAUUUACCAACAUGAGACAAGUGAUCAAACAAAUAUUUGUCUUUUUUUAUAAAAACCACUUGUCCCCUACAAAAAAUAGUAAUGUUUCACAGUAAACGUUUAAUCACUAUUUAGACGAACUUGCUGUGGGUGUAGGGCUUUCCUCCCCUUAUGUCACCUGGGGUACUAUCCCCGUACCAUAUAUAUUGAUUUGAUCCCAGGUUUAGCUUCAAAGAAAUAUUUUAGAGUGCAAAGUAAAAGAGUGUGGUUUUUGUUUUGAUUAAGACAUGUUUUUAAUUAUUUUUAUAUUAUUUAAAGAGUGUAAGACAUUUUUAUACAAUUAUGAGUAAUGACCAAGUGACAUAUCAGUUGAAGUGUUAGAAAGGUAUACCUAAUAAUUAAAGUGUAUACAAUACUAUUUAAUGUGAUAUAAUAUGACAUUUGACAUUUUUUGUAAUUAAAACAUGUUGACAAGUUUCAAAA